UCAAACGUCAUCAUCCACAAAACUAAUUAGUUAUUUCUUCAUCACAUUCACAACACAACACCUUGCUACAGAUAUAAAUACACACUCCUCCAUCAGCUAAUUAUAUAGCUUACUAUUGUAACAACAACAACAGAAUGGGAAACAAGUUACUAAAAAUGUGUAUAGCAUUUUUUAUUAUGACGAUGGUUCCCAAAAAUGUGAUUGCUCAAAAUUGUGGGUGUGCUGAAGGCUUGUGUUGUAGCCAAUAUGGGUAUUGUGGUAACAGUGAUGCAUAUUGUGGUACAGGGUGUCAACAGGGUCCUUGUUUUGGGGGCCAAAAUCCACCUAAUUCUAAUACCAAUGAUGUUAAUGUGGCUGACAUUGUUACACCACAAUUCUUUGAUAGUAUAAUUGAUCAGGCUGAUUCUAGUUGUGCAGGAAAGAAUUUUUACUCAAGAGAUGCUUUUCUUGAUGCCCUCAAUUCUUACAAUCAAUUUGGUAGGGUUGGUUUGGUGGAGGACUCCAAACGUGAGAUUGCAGCCGCUUUUGCUCAUUUCACACAUGAGACUGGACAUUUUUGCUAUAUUGAAGAGAUUGAUGGUGCAUCAAAGGAUUAUUGUGAUGAAAGCAAUACAGAGUACCCUUGUGCCACAAACAAAGGUUACUAUGGUCGUGGACCAAUUCAAUUAUCAUGGAACUACAACUACGGAGCAGCAGGAAAAGACAAUGGUUUUGAUGGAUUGAAUUCUCCUGAAACAGUGGCCAAUGAUCCUGUAGUGUCCUUCAAGACAGCAUUAUGGUAUUGGAUGAAACAUGUGCACCCUGUCAUUAACCAAGGCUUUGGUGCAACCAUUAGAGCCAUUAAUGGUCAACUUGAAUGUGAUGGUGCAAACCCCAACACAGUUCAGGCUCGUGUUAGUUAUUACACUCAAUAUUGUAGUCAAUUGGGUGUUGCUCCUGGUGAUAAUCUUACUUGUUAAUUAAGUUAGCUAACCAUACAACACAUUUAUAUUAUAUAGUAUUUGAUUUUAUUUGAAUAUUAUAUGUGUAUAUUAUAGUAUAUGAAUAAAUGAUAUGUGACCGGUUGAGAUUCGAACAUA